AUGAUGGAACCUUGGCGUCCGCCGAGGGAAAUCUCUCUUCCCGAAGUCACCAUCUCUGCUUUCGCUGAGACGGGCCAGGUGGAAUCGUCGAUCAUUGUUCCAUUGCAACGAACGUACAUCGGUAGAAAGCCCGUGAUAUCAUCCCGCCUUGCCGACACUCCAUGUGCUACCCUCGGCAUUCAAGGCCUCUUGGAUCAACUCAACGCCACACUCGGAACGUCACACACCCUUGACACUCCAUUCCUAUCCUCCCUUCUUAAAGACUGUAUUACAAACAACUAUGACUUUGGCAUGGCAUAUGGGCGCCUCCGCCGGAUAUGGUACACCCGCAACUGGGGCACUAUACGAGGCACAUUGCGCAAAUGGGAAAAGGAGGACCGGGAGAUCAAUCGGGUGGUGCCAUCAUGGAACAUGGGCAUCUCUGUUAAUGACCCCCCUCAUAAGUGGAUUCGGCCAAUAUCUCAUGCAUGGGUGGAUGAGAAGAAUCGUGUCAAUGUGCAGACACCCAUCAAUGGAUAUGAAUGGCCUGUUCCCAUCCCAAAAGAUGCCAACCUCAAGCUUAUUCGUAUUGAGAUGCUCAAUCUUGGAGUGGAGUAUACAUGGUUAGAUGUUCUCUGUUUGAGACAGAAGGGGGGACAGAGGGAGGUUAUGCGCAUAGAAGAGUGGAAACUAGAUGUUCCCACCAUUGGAGCAGUGUAUCAAUGUUCUGCCAAGUAUUCAGUGGUGGUGUGUUACUUGAGUGGGCUGGGUCAGCCUUUGAGUUUGAAGGAGGGUGACUUGGACAGUGAUCGGUGUUGGUUUAGACGUGCAUGGACACUGCAGGAGGUUGGCUUCAGAAGAGAGAUUGCUGGGGACACACUGGAUGGACCAAUGCAUCCCAAGUAUAAGGAUGGGAAGUAUGAGACUGCACUACUGACCAGGUUUCACAAACAGCUGCAGUCUAUGGAUUCCAUUUUGCAGGGUACAUUUGUGGCCCUGGAGAGUAUGCAGAAUCGGGUGUCGACCAAUCCACUGGACAAAGUUGCAGGACUAGCAUUUAUUAUGUGGUCCCAUACAAUACCAGCAUAUGAUGAGAGCCAGUCUCUUGAAGAGGCAUGGACAGCACUAGUGAAUUCAAUGAAUGUGAGGCUUCGGGGGCAGUUGUUUUUCUUGUAUCCUGAACCAGGAAAUGCAGGCACAAAAUGGAGACCAUCAUGGGAUCAGGUUAUGACAAAGCCUCUGCUUGCAAAUGCUGGCCCCAGUAUUUACAUUGGCCUUGACCCUGACAUUGAUCCUGGCCCUCAGGUUGAACUUGACCCCUGA